AUGCGCCUAACACUGCCCGUCAUCCUCGUCUUGCUCGCGACCAGCAGCGCAGGAGUAACCAAUGUUACAAUAGACGACGAGUUCGGUGACCCGACUACGGGAGCUCACAUAACAUACUUUCCUUCAGCGUACUGGCAACAAGGAGACGAGUGCAAAACGUGCUCAGGCCCUGCAAAUAUCACUGAUGACGUGUACAAGGGAACCUGGCAUAAUGCAACGUUUUAUCCUUCAAAUACGACCGUCCAAGGCAGUAACAAAGGUCAGAUUAUCGGUGCCUCAGUGAACUUUACAGGAAUUGCUGUGUUCGUGAACUGCAUACUAACACGAUCAAACCAUUCCCCCAUUGGAAAUACGGACCUAACAUUCUACCUUGAUGGCAAAGAUGCGUUUACUUUCAGACAACAGCCGAAUGGUGACGCUACGUAUGAUUUUAAUCAGACGGUAUACUCGGCGACGGGCCUUCGAAAUGUCCAGCAUAAUAUACGGCUUGAGACCGGGCAUGCGGGGCAACAAGCGCUUGUUCUUCUCGACUCCAUUAUCUAUACAUCUGCGAAUGACUCGGUUAACGCCACCGCGGCUAACACCACUACAGUUAAUACAACUACCAGUAUUUCGACGACUACGAGUAGUGUAGCCGUCUCUUCGACUCUUCCUCCGACGUAUCUUUCUCCACCACCUCCUGAUACGUCUGUCAGUGGGGCUGAUAGCAACGAGACGAACAAGAAGACGAAUGUGGGCGCAAUUGUCGGACCUGUCGUCGCAGGGGUAGUCGUUGGGAUUGUUGCGGGUACCCUAUUUUGUCUGAGAAGGAGACAUGAACGGCAAACGAAAUUGUAUGAGCCCUCUCCUUUCGAGCAACCAUCGGUCAGGCCCUAUCUACAACAUCCGAUGGCGUUUAUGGAAGGGGGGAUGGACCCGACUAUCUCGCCAUAUGACCUUCACUCCUCGCCAACAUACGUCACACAAGCUCUCAUUUCUUCCGCAGGUAUACCAGAAAAGAAGCCCGCGGAAAAGGAGAUGCUUGAUCCUCCACGAUACCGCCCUCGCCCUUAUCCGAUCAUGCUACAAGAGCCAAAAGGAGCUAAAAUUUCACCUGAAAUGCUGAAAUCAAGACAAAAUCAAAACAACCGUAUUUGCAUUACUGAGGGACUGUCUUAUAUCAAGCUGCUAUUAUCUUCACCAAACUUCGCAAAUUCCCCAGAAGCCAAAGCAGUCACAAUUCUACUCUCCUGA